ACUGUUCGGAACAGAGCACAGAAGAACAUGCGAAGACACGAGUCUUCACUUCAUGAGCAGAGAUUCGUUGCUUCAUUUGCUCUACCACUACCACCCAUCUCAGCCACCGGCGGCGACCUCAGAUGGGCACCCGGGCGCGCCGCGCCACCCAUCACCGCGCUCACCUCCGCCUCCGCCACCGCCACCUUCUCCUCCUCCUCCCGCUGCUGCUCCUCCUCCUCCUCCCGCCCCUCUCGGCGCUCCUCCUCCGCCGCGCCAACUCCCUGGGCCGCCGGUGCCUGCCCCCCGCCGCCGGGCGCCGCCCCCUCGCCGGGCAGCGGCUCAGCUUCUCCAUCGUCACGCUCUCUGACGAGGGCCUGUCGGGCCGAGGGGUGCGGGGGCGGUCUUUCCGCGGCGUGCUGGCGGCCACCGCGCGGAACAAGCGCGCCUACGCGGCCGCGCACGGGUACGGCCUCGCCGCGCUGCCCCACGGCGCGGUCGACCCCCGCCGCCCGCCCGCCUGGAGCAAGGUCCUCGCCCUCCGCGCCCGCCUGCGCCGCCACCACUGGCUCUUCUGGAACGACGCGGACACGCUGGUUACCAACCCCGACAUCGCGUUGGAGGAGAUUUUGUUCUCGGUGAUUGGGCAUAGUGAUUUCGAUGCAUCGCCUGAUCUCAUUCUGACAGAGGAUAUCAACGGGGUGAAUGCUGGACUGUUCUUCAUAAGGAGGUCGAAAUGGAGUGAGAGAUUUUUGGAUACAUGGUGGAACCAUACAUCAUUUGUACAAUUUGGUUCCACAAAAAGUGGGGAUAAUGCAGCACUGAAGCAUAUUGUGGAUCACUUGUCACCUGAAGAAACACAAGCACACGUCCGUAUAGCAAAGAUGCAGUGCCUUUUCAACUCAUAUCCCUGGGUUGCUACGUGGAAAUCAGUUCACCGCCUGAUCUUCCACCCGUCCACUACAUGGAAAGGGGCUUAUUCAGAUGGAGAUUUCAUGGUCCAUUUUGCUGGCCUAAAUGACAAGCGAGGCUGGACAUCAAGAAUUCUUAGAGAGAUGACUCACUGAUGAGGAUAAUUACCCCACUUUAAGCUGACUGAGAACGAUCGACAAGUUUAUGUGAAGAGCAAGAGCCUGAUUGUUUUUGCAUCAUAUUCUGUUGUAGACUGCCAUUUUAGUUGGACAGCAUGUUCCGUUUCUGAUCAUCUGUUAUUAAAAGCUCUUAUGCACAGGUGUUUGAUUCAGAAGCACAACACAGUCAUCUGCCUCCAUUAAUACCUCGCCAAUAUCCACCGAUCUCUCACAUCCAACAGAUCAACAUCACAACACGACAUCAACCCACCAAGGCUUCUCUGCCAUCACCGGGGAAUGUGGAGCUGCUGCUGCUCUACGACUUACUAUGUGGUUAGUGUAAAAAGUGGCAGCAUUGGACCUUGGCAUGCCACUGACAUUCUUGAGAGGCACCUGUUGUCGUCCACUUUGUGUCUGUCUGCGAAUCUGCAGGUCCCAGGCCAUGAUCAGAGACAUAUCUUCCCGUACAUCGUGGGCGAGGAUGAAGAAGAACAUGACGAUGAGCUUCCCGACGAGGAGCCGGCGUUUUUGCCGGUUGAACGACCUCACCAUGUCGACCGCCUCUUCCUCGACAAGUGCCAGGGAGAUCUGCUCGUGCCAUGAUGAGGUCGUUCAACCAGCAAAACAACGGCGGUCGUCGUCGGCGGCAGGCCCCGUGGCGCCCAAGCCCUCACGGGACACACUGAGGCGCAGGACCUGCAAGGUGGUAGGAGGUGGACACCUUUAGGCACUCGUCAGUGACCAUCAUGUUCUUUAGAACUGGGUCUCACCCCGUUAGCUAGGCCUGCAAGGAGUGCAGUUAGCCCACCCUCGUCUGGCCAGCCGGCGUCAGCGGUGGCGACCACAUAGCCGGCAAAGCGCGCCUCGCCGUUCACCUCGAGGGCGUCGUGGAAUGGACGGUACCUCUCCACGGCGUCGUGUGGGCCUGCGGCAUAGCAGUUGGUGAUCAUGGCGAAGCGGCGCUCGGCCCCGGCUCCUGUUUUCAAGAAUGCGGAUUUUGUUCUGCACAUGAAGUAGGAGUAUAUGAUUGUGUACACGGAAAACGAAAACAGCCUCCGAGAUGAUGCCCGUGAUUUGCUCUAGCUCGAGUCUAUUGUUUUUCUAUGAUUUGUUUGUGUGUCGUCUGAUUGCGGCAAUGUGUUCUCGUUUACGAGCUUGUGAUCUAUCUAUGGUUGGAACUUAUUGUUCCACGAACUAUAGGAUUUUCUGCCAGCUGAAA